UGGGUCUUCUUCUCGCAGUAGUCAAAGAAAAAGAUUGGUUUUUUCCUUCUCUCUUUCUAGAAAUCUUACUGCUCCAGAGCAAUAGAAUGUUCUCGUUCACAACAUUGGUCAAUGGUGAUAUCUCUCUCAACCCUUCAUCGUCGGGAAGAAACUUGACACCGACGAAAAAAAGGCGCGGCUUUUCCUUCCCGCGUUUCUCUGAUCCCUAAUUCCUGAAGCUUCUGGUUUUGGUCUAGGGUUUUUGCAGUGAUAAAGGCUCCUAAAUCUCAAUUUAUAAAUUCCGAGGGUUUUAAGAAGCAGCGGUAAUUGAUUUCCGUUCGGUUGAUGUGGAUUCGACAGAUAUAAAGUGGUGCGGGUUUGGGAGCUUGUUUUGAAGGAAUGGAAGGUUCUCAUGGAGUUUCGAGUUCUCCAGCUCCUUUUCUUAUCAAAACGUAUGACAUGUUGGAUGAUACAUCGACAGACUCCAUUGUUUCCUGGAGCGCAUCAGGUAGCAGCUUCAUCGUGUGGAAUCCGUUGGAUUUCGCUAGGGAUUUGCUUCCCGCAUACUUUAAGCACAACAAUUUCUCCAGUUUCAUCCGGCAGCUGAACACAUAUGGCUUUAGGAAAAUAGAUCCAGAACGAUGGGAAUUUGCAAAUGAAGAAUUUAUUAGAGGGCAAAAACAUCUCUUAAAAAAUAUUCACCGCCGCAAGCCGAUACAUAGCCAUUCGAUAUCACCCCUAGGAAGCAAUGUUGCCGUGCCCCUAUCAGAACCAGAAAGACAGGAGCUCAAGAAGGAGAUUGAGAGGCUGAAGCAUGAUGAAACCGCUCUAAUUAUAGAGCUUCAGAGUCACGCACAGAUCCAGCAGGGCAUGGAUCUACAGAUGCAGGAUUUGGAGGAAAGAUUACAGGCCAUGGUGCUCCGGCAACGAAAUCUCAUCUCUUUCCUGGAUCAAGUCAUACAGAGGCCUGGUUUUCUCUCUAAUCUCAUACACCAAUCUGAUCUCCACCCCAAGAGGAGAAGAUUGCCCAAAAAUGACUAUUUUCUGCAACAUACCAUCAUUCAGGAUGGAAAAAAUCUCUCUUUCCAUAAUUUGUUGGACAUUGAACCAUUUGAAAAGAUGGAAUCUUCAUUAAACUCCUUGGAAACUUUUUUUCAAGAAGUAGGACAGGCCUCUGGCGAAGAUGCAUUCUUCGAGGAACGGCUCCCUCGUUUAACUGCUGCUGUUCUCCCUGAUAUUGACAGUCAAUCACCAACCCCCCAUUCAGGUCCUUCUUCAAGCUGCCCUGAAGACAUUAAUUUAUAUCCAGAUUUAUCAGAUUCCCCCACUCAAGCAGAAAGCACAAGCAUUCCUUCCUGCAGCAGAUUUUCGUUCCCUUCAAGCCGGCAUGAACAGCAAGGUGUCGAUAUAGAUAUGAACUCGGAGCCUGUGGUUCAUUUGAGGGAUAGAGAGACUGAAACUCCGGCGACUACGGCGGUGGUUGCCGGAGGAGUUAACGAUACAUUCUGGGAACAGUUUCUGACUGAGAGUCCCUGUUAUUGUGAUGCACAGGAAUCCCAACCAGAAAAAAGUGAUAUAGAUGAUGGUGGAAGAAGAGCUGAGGAAGUAACCGAGCAGGGAAGAGCAUGGUGGAGUAGGAGGAGUGUUGAUCAUUUAACCGAAAGAAUGGGGCAUCUUACCUCAGCCGAGAGAACAGCAUAGCUGAUUGAUUUCUCCUGCUUUGCAGAGAAAAUGUUAAUUCUUUGUAAGUUGAUGAAUAUGUAGCUGCUUCUUUUUGAUGAUCUUAUUUGCAUUUUUUUGUGGUGAACAUAUAUGUAUUGUAAUUUACUAAUUGUAGGAUGGCAUUGGUGGGA